AUCUUGUCCUGCAUUUUUAUUCAUAUUUUUUGUAUAAUUCUUUUUACAGUCUUUAAACAUCAAUUUUUUUUUGUUUCAACACAUCUGCGGGUACUACGUAUAUUCCACAUAAAAGACACGGUUUUGCACUUUUAUUUAUUUUUCCAACUGAACAAAAAACAACUAGACAGUUUUUUCAAGCACCCUCACCCACAUCUUGUUCAACCCAUCUUAUUAGCACAAGAAAAUUGAGAAACUGCUAUGCCAAAGAAAACAAAGUCUUCAAGAAGCGAAUUCAACACCCUGCGCACUGACAGUGACGAAGCAGACAGUGUCAACGAGAGAAGCACUUGGAACCCCGAAGACACGGACAACUUCCACUGGGUACUCUCAAAACAUACAGAGUUUAAAAACGGCAAGCUCGAGCUCAACCACCGCUACCUCGAUGCCCGAGACAUCAGCAUUGUAGAGAAAAUGGAGGCCAAGUUUUCAAUCGACAAAACCAAGAGCAACGAAGCCAUCGAUGAGGAAAUCAUCGCUGCGCUGGAAAAAGCCAACGAGUCCAAUACAGGCAAAAACUGCCGUCGCGUCUUUGGGCUUCUCCGCAAACUACAAAAUGCCGCCGGAAACAAGUACACUGUGCGCCAAAUUAACACCAAACACAUUAAUACGCGCUCUCGCUGGUCGGUGCCCUUUCUGUCUCUGUACGAGCGUGGAGCCAAAGCCAUGGAGGUCAAAAAAAGUGAGUCCGUGCCGCAACGCACAAAUAUUGAAAAGAAAAACCUGGCGGCUAUCAAGGCUCUGCUUAAAUACACCACCCACCGGCACCUAUUCUGGUGCGACGAGACCGACAGCAUUCCUGCGCCCAAGUCAUUAGCCCACUUGGAGAAAACCGAUGAAAUGCCUGAGGACACGCCCGAGCCUGGGCGCUGGACACUGGCAAUGAUCAAAAGACAUGGCAAAAUCAUGUGCACCGUCAACAUUGCCAACACAUAUAUCCAGGAACUCAAGGAAAAGGGUGUUUGGGUAUCUACCCACGACGCUUACACUGCGGAUACUCCCAGGGCUGUUCUGGCCAAUUUGGUCGACGAAGUCGUCUCCCUGCCCAAGGCCGCGCGCAAGUCCAGACUUUCAAGCGCUAAGGAAAUGCCCAUGUCCGCACAAGAAACAAAAAUGCAAGCUUUCCACGCCGACAAGCCUACAAAAUCAUCCAUAAUCGAGCGGCCUGCUGAUUUGAAAAUAGGCUUCAACCUGCAGACUGCAUUGAACAGCGGUAUUCCACGCAGCAACAAAAGAGAUACAAGUCCUAAUCACAGCUACCCGCAAGCAUACGGCAACAGCUGUGAGUAUAACUACGAUGAGGAUAUAAAGCGGUCAAAAUCGCUCGUGUUUUCGGACAAAUCAUCCCAAAGCCACGACGCCCAGCAGGAUGCCUCCUUCUACGACCUAUCCUCUUAUGCAAAUAUGUCUAUGCUUGCCAAUAACGGGUUUGCUCAGAACAACAAUAAGAGCAACCAGUUUAUUAACUUUGACUCCAAUGCAUCCGCACCCAUUACGUCGGCUGCCAUGUACCCGUCGGAUAAUCUGGGAUAUGCAGACUCCAGUGCAAACCAGCACACGCCGCCCUCAGACCUUCUCGAGGCCAUUGUCAAUCUUUCAGUCAACAGCUCUACCGGCGCAAAUAGCACGAACCAAGUGCAGAACGGCCAAUUUGCGGAUACCUACAACCAUCACUCGACGUCGCCUGCCCAUGACCCAACGCCUAUCAAGAUGCAGCGGCUUGCCAACAACAAAUCCAAAUUCUCCGAUAUGCAGUCUCACAAAGGUAUCCAGCACGGCAAUGGUCAGGAUAUUCCACUGGCAUUUACUCUGGGCUCGCCAGAAAGCAACCAGUAUCCGUCGUUGCUAUCCCGCGCACUAUCCGAUGAACAGUACACGCCCAAUGGACUAUCGUACUGGGCUCCGCACGAUGCCUCGGCAUCGGCAUUGACGUCAGUGACAGCGGGACCGGAAUCGCAAGGGUUCACGUUCCAGCUCCCCAAUAGCUGGUCUGACGAAGGUACCAUGAAUGAGUCAGCUCCGCGCACGCCCAAUAUCCAGCAAACCAGGGCGCAGAAUGGCUCAUUGACAGGAUCUUAUUCCACAAGUAACCUGACACAACUGCAGUUUGGCAUAGACAAGUACCAGGUGCCUAUGCAGUCGAACCAACAGAACCAUCAAGUGUAUUCUCAGUCGCCGGUCAAGUCCAAUAUACAGGGUGGGAAUAUGAUGCCGCCGGUGUAUUCUAUGACGCAACCGCAAGUAUCCUCAUUGCCUAUUCCCCAGAGUGCAGGCGGUAUUAACGGUAUUGGAGGGCAAAAUAAAAUGUCUACUACGUUGGUUAUUGUUAAUGGCGUCCCGAGCCAUAUUGAGCUGACACACAAUAAUGGCAGUGUUCAUCAGAAUCCGAUUAUUCUUCCGAUAUCCCAGGUAUUAAAAGAAAAUAAUUAGACCCAUUUAUUUUUUCUUAAUCCUUUUUUACGCUACU